AUGUCAAAAGCCGGCAAGAAGUCUAGUAGUAGUAAUUCCAUGUACGAAGCUCCCCUCGGUUACAAGAUUGAGGACGUUCGCCCUGCCGGAGGAAUCAAGAAGUUCCAGUCUGCUGCCUACUCCAACGGCUACGAGAAGCGCCUCGAGAUAACUUUCUCCCACGCGCCUGUCUUUGUGGACCCGUGCGGCCGUGGCCUUCGCGCCCUCUCUCGACACCAGAUCGACUCCUUCCUCGAUCUUGCACGGUGCACCAUUGUGUCCCAGCUCUCGAACAAGCAGUUUGAUUCUUAUGUGCUCUCGGAGUCGAGCCUCUUUGUGUACUCCCACAAGGUUGUCAUCAAAACCUGUGGAACAACAAAGCUCCUGCUGUCGAUUCCCCGCAUCCUUGAGCUUGCUGCGGAGCUGUCGCUGCCACUUCUUUCAGCCAAGUAUUCCCGCGGGACGUUCAUCUUCCCCGGCGCGCAGCCGGCGCCGCACCGCAGCUUCUCGGAGGAGGUGUCCGUGCUGAACGGCUUCUUUGGUGGCCUCAAGUCAGGUGGCAAUGCAUAUGUGAUGGGUGAUGCGUUCAGGCCCAAGAAGAUGUGGCACGUCUACUACGCCACGGAGGAGCCUGAGCAGCCCAUGGUGACGCUCGAGAUGUGCAUGACUCGGCUGGACGCCAGGAAGGCCGCGGUGUUCUUCAAGAACUCUGCCGACGGCGGCUGCUCCUCGGCCAAGGAGAUGACCAAGGUCUCUGGCAUCUCUGCUAUCAUCCCCGAGAUGGAGAUCUGUGACUUCGACUUCGACCCGUGCGGGUACUCGAUGAACGGCGUCUCCGGCCCUGCAGCCUCCACCAUCCACGUCACUCCUGAGGAGGGCUUCAGCUACGCGAGCUAUGAAGCGAUGAACUUCAACCCUGGCUCCCUGGUUUACAGUGACCUGAUCAAGAGGGUGCUGUCAUGCUUCCGCCCGUCAGACUUCUCCGUCGCCGUCACCAUCUUCGGUGGCCAAGGCUUCGCCAAAUCAUGGGCGGCCGGUGCGGAGGUCUGCUCCUACCUGUGCGACGAUCUCGUCGAGCAGGAGCUUCCGGGCGGUGGCCUGCUCAUGUACCAGAGCUUCAGUGCAGUUGCCCCUGGCGCCGUGUCCCCGAGGUCGACCCUGGAUGAUGGCUGGAGCAGCGACGGGAUGGAGAUGGCCGCGCAGGGCGAGGAGGCGUGCGUCUGGGGAGUGGAGAAGAAGGUGACCGAGAAAGGUGUCGCUGCCUGA